AUGCCGGGAAGGAAACUGCCGGAUCCUCAGCCCACAAUGGGAACAGCGGGCGGCGGCGGCGGCAUCCUGAACAAACAUCGCCCUAUUGUGGUUCAUCUUCAGCGCCUACGAGCGCUACGUUGCCAUGCAGCCGCAAAGCAAUCAGGAAAUCCGGGUCGCAGACAAGAAAGAAGACUCCGGCCCUAUGACUUCUCAAGCGUCCGUGCUCGCUCCGCCUCCGGGGCGGAGCGUCGUUCAGAGGUCCCCGCCCGCCCGGCCGGCAGUUCCUCGACGCCCAGCCCGCCCGGCGCCCGCCCGCCAGCCCACUCUUUUCGGUUCGCGUCCUGGAGAGGCGCGCGCGCCAUGGCGGCUCGGGACGCGGCGUCGGCGUGCAGCGCGGCUUCCUUCCAGCUGCGGCACUUGCACCUGGAGCUGCGCGUGGACUUCGGGCCGGCCGGCUCCGGGCAUCUGCAAGGCUCGGCGCGCCUGGAGCUGACCUGCCUGCGGGAUCAUGCCCGCGAGCUCGUGCUGGAUUCGCACCCGAGCCUGGAGGUGGAGAGCGCCGGGCUGGCGCCGGUGCCGCCAGGGAACGGCUGCAGCCACGGAGAGGGCCGCGAAGCCGCCUCGUCGCUGCGCCCGCUCGCCUUCCAGAGCCGCCCCUUCGCCAGCUACGGCUCCGCUCUACACCUCACUCUGCCCGAGCCUCUUACGGCCGGAGACACGGUCGUGGUGGAAGUCGCCUAUCGAGCCGGAGAAGGGCCCGGGGUGUGUUGGCUUACUCCUGAGCAGACAGCAGGGAAGCAGAAGCCCUAUAUGUACACUCAAGGCCAGGCUGUUCUGAAUAGAUCCUUUUUCCCUUGCUUUGACACCCCUGCAGUUAAAAGUCCAUACUCAGCUAUUAUAAAGGUCCCUGAAGGUUUCACAGCUGUGAUGAGUGCAGUUACACGCGAGAAGCAGAAGGACAACACAUUCUUUUUCAAGAUGCCUCAUCCCAUCCCUUCUUACUUGGUUGCCCUGGUGGUUGGUGACAUUGUUUCAGCUGAAGUGGGACCCAGGAGUCAUGUAUGGGCUGAGCCCUGCCUGAUAAAGGCUGCAAAGAAAGAAUAUGAUGGUGUGAUUGAAGAGUUUCUUGCUACUGGAGAGAAGCUUUUUGGGCCAUAUGUAUGGGAAAGGUAUGACGUUCUCUUUAUGCCACCCUCUUUUCCUUUUGGAGGAAUGGAGAACCCCUGCAUCACCUUUGUGACACCAUGCCUGCUGGCCGGUGAUCGUUCCUUGGCGGAUGUCAUCAUCCAUGAGAUCUCACACAGCUGGUUUGGCAACCUGGUCACCAACGCCCAUUGGGGGGAAUUCUGGCUCAACGAGGGCUUCACGAUGUAUGCGCAAAGGCGGAUCUCGAUGGUUCUGUAUGGUGCUGCUUACACUUGUUUGGAGGCUGCUACAGGGAGGGCUUUGCUUCGGCAACACAUGGACAACACUGGAGAAAAUCAUCCUCUCAACAAGCUCAGAGUGACAAUAGAGCUAGGUGUUGAUCCUGAGGACACCUAUAAUGAAACCCCUUAUGAAAAGGGCUACUGCUUUGUCUCCUAUCUUGCCCACCUGGUGGGAGACCAAAGCAAAUUUGACGGUUUCCUACAGGCUUAUGUGAACCAAUUCAAAUUUCAGAGUAUCACGGCUGAUGAUGCUCUGGAGUUCUACUUGGACUAUUUCCCAGCCCUGAAGAAGCAAGGCGUGGCAAGUAUUCCAGGUUUUGAGUUUGAUCGGUGGCUGAACACGCCUGGUUGGCCUCCCUACCUUCCUGACCUUUCACCUGGAGAGGAACUGAUGAAGCCAGCUGAGAAUCUGGCAGAGCUCUGGGCAUCCCCGGACCACAAUAUGGAAGCAAUCAGAGCAGUAGAUAUCUCUGCUUGGAAAACCUUCCAGCUGGUCUAUUUCUUGGAUAAGAUCUUGCAGAAAUCCCCUUUGCCAGAUGGACGCGUGGAGGAGAUGAGUGCCUUGUAUCCAAGAAUCUCCAAGGCAGAAAAUGCAGAGCUACGUCUUCGUUGGUGCCAGAUUGUGCUCAAGAACAAUCAUGAGGCUGAGUUUGGCAAAGUGAAAGAAUUCCUUCGCAGCCAGGGAAAGCAGAAGUACACUCUGCCCAUCUACCGGGCCAUGGUGAAUGGUUCAGAGACUGCCCAGGCGCUGGCCAACGAGACCUUUUCUUCUACUGCUCCACAACUCCAUGUGAAUGUCCAGAACUAUGUCAAAAAGAUCUUGGGGCUAAAAACUGAAGGAAGCUAAGAAGGAAACCAGAAAAUCACAGUACUCUGUUGUUUGAGCUUCAGAAAAUGACUGUUUGCAGGGGGUGGGGGCGGCAAAGGGUGAGUUUGUUAUAAAAACCCUAUUUCUGGGGUUCAACUUGCUGGACAUUUCUGGGAAUCCCCAGAAAGUGUGUUUUCUUUUUGGAUAUCCUGCUGAUAUAAAGUAUUUCUUUAAAAAGCAACAAAAAUUGUAAAUGUUAAAUACAACAUUAUAUACACAAAAUUUAUAUGUGUAAGUUUUAAAAACAUGCAAGUUAUUCUACUAGUAACAUUUUUGUUUUUAAUAAAAAGUUGCUAGUUG